UCACAUUGCCAGACUGUUUUCAAAGACAGCAUAAGAAAACACAAAAUGUGUGCGGCCCUCUUACGAAGUGUUAAAUUGGUUUAUUUACGGCCAAUAUCAGCCAAACCGAAUUUCCAGCGCCUGCACACCAGCAGUUUGCUCCGCAAGUGGCGGAAUGCGUCCUCCGGCGAAGUGGAACGGAAGCUCCUCUUUGGCGACAGGCUACCAGAUAACUAUAAACUGAUUUACCGGGCCCCUAUCGAGAGCUACGUGACCUGGACGAAGAAUAUAUCCACUGCCACGACCACUGUACUUGCUGUGGUGGCCGCCUAUCACUAUGCCACAACCAUGAACUACCUGAAUAUGGUCCAGAAAAUGGACAUAGCCAUUCUGGUGUCCCAGGAGUCAGAUCUGUACUACUUUGUGGGUGGAUUUCUGCUUAUAAACCUGGCGAUUCGAGCUUUUGUGGCCAAAUAUCCACUGAGAAUAUACAAGAGCUCGGAAAAAUAUGUGGCUGUCUAUGGGUCCCAACUACCCAUUGGAACUGUGAAACACUAUUUUGAACGCGGUCAAAUAGCUGAAUACAAGAAUUUUUUAAAUCCCUGGAGCCACAUUAUGUACAGACUAGGCAACCGCUCCUCGAUGCUUCUGGUUGAUUACUUCAAGACGCCCUCGGAGUUCCACCAGCUGUUCGCGACCAAACAAGAAAUUUAGACUUUUUAAUUGUUGAUAGUUGUUAAAAAUAAAAUGUGAAAAACA